UUGCAGCAAUACUCAUCAGUUUUGACAAACACACGGAAUGGCAGUCCAAAGAGGUCAAAAUUCGGCCAAAAAGCGGCUCGAUGCUGCUGUACAGCCGGAAGAAGGUCAGGUACCGAAGAGACGGGUACUGCUGGAAGAAGAGGAAAGACGGCAAGACCACCCGCGAAGACCACAUGAAGCUCAAGGUCCAGGGGACUGAGUGCAUCUACGGUUGCUACGUGCACUCCGCCAUCCUGCCCACGUUCCAUCGACGGUGCUACUGGUUGUUGCAGAACCCGGACAUAGUCCUGGUGCAUUACCUGAAUGUGCCGUACCCGGACGACAACAAGCUCGCGACGGUGGCGCCGAGCCUGGCGCUGUGGGCGGACAAGAAGGAGUGGACGAAGGACGAGCUCGUUAGCCAGCUGAAACCUAUGUUUUUCAGCGAAGAUGAGCCGGACAUCAACAGCGACCUGGAAAUUUCAGGAAAAAUGUUUCAGACAGCGGAGACGGUGGAAGCCAUCGUCGGUCAGCUGAUGGAAAAGCAACGGGCGGCCAGAGCCGCGGCCCUUGCCAGGCAGCUGGAAUGCGGCUGUCCGGACUCCACCUGCCAAGACUCCAGGACUUGCGCGCACCCACUGCGGCGCAUCCAAGCGGCUAAGCCACCACCGUCAGACCACCACGUGUCGUCCACUACUGGCCCGUCACCGCGACCGAUGUCCCAACCUCCCAGACAAUACACCAGAGAUCACAGAACUUCACAACAAUCAGCGUCACCGUUACUUCUAUCCCUAGGUCAAAUACAAGGAGGCGGUGGUCUCCUAAUCCUGAAUGGAACCAGCAAUACCACACAACAACAUUCCUCCUUAGUAUCACCUCUAUCAGUGACGUCAUUUGUCUGUGAAGAACCCAGAGACAGGUACCGACAGCAGUACAAACCUACUUUUGUUCUGAAAAGGGAAGUGCCUGACACUCCGACUCCAUGUCGUCAAAAUUCAGACUCCACUUUUGAAGUGGAAAGUCAAGUAGAAGAAAAAAUAGAGGUAGAGACUUUUGAAACAAAAAUAAAAAUAGAGCAUAGGACUAGAAACCAGAUGAUUGCCAGCGCACCGGCCACGCCGUCUCGGUAUCCUGAUCUGGUGGAGCGAUUAGAGAGUAAGGUUUUUACAGAUAACUGUGAUGAUACGUUAGUAUUACUUGGAACUGAUGGAAAUUUAGGGUCUAGUGGAUUUUUCGAUGAAACAUUGGAAUUGUCGCAUGAAGACAUACAGAAGACGCUAUCAGCGAAUAUGCCUUCGUGUGAACUAAAUAGGAGUGGAGUGAGAUCUUCUGAUACGGCCAAUGUUAUGGUCUCAGGAAUUGAUACCAUGGACUUUAUUGAAAGCUGCGAGGCAGUUGCUUCACCCACCCAUGUUGUAGAUGAUAAUGUUUUUGUGAAUCUGGACGCUUUUGAUAUGCUUGGUGAUUUUCCGGAACUAGAGGUAUUGGAUCCUAGUUCAAUAUCAACGAAUCCAGUGCCGAGUUGUGGCAAGUCGCCCCCCGCCGAAGAGAGUGAGAAGAUGCAAACGGAAUGCAGCAACGAAGGAACUCUGAGCAUCACUGACUAUUCUCCCGAAUGGGCGUACCCUGAAGGAGGAGCCAAGGUCCUAGUGGCGGGCCCUUGGACCGAGUCAUCGGAUCAGUAUACGGUGCUCUUUGACAACUUCCCCGUACCGUCGAUAUUGGUGCAGAAUGGACUACUGAGGUGCUAUUGUCCAGCUCAUGAAGCCGGCCUAGCAGCGAUGCAAGUCGCACGCGGCGGCCGGGUGGUUUCCGAUACAGUGGUAUUCGAGUACAAAGCCGGUCCAGCUCCGGCGCCGUCUUCGCCCGCGUCCGCGCCGCUGCCGUCGCUGGACUUUAGGCGGUUUACGCUGCUGCAGCGCUUGCAGCGGCUGCAUGGACGGCUGCAGAUCAAGAGCGAGCCGAUGGAUGAUAACAAUCAGAUUGAUGAGGUCCAACUAUACUCGAACCCAAAAUUUGAAGAGCGGCUGGUCUCCUUCUGUCGAUCACUAAGCGCCCGUUCCACGGGUACUUCCGAGGGUUUCACCACGGAGCCUGGUGAAGAUGGCUCGUCCGUCCUCCACUUGGCUGCAGCAUUAGGAUAUACCAAGCUGACGACAGCGCUACUGAGGUGGAAGCAGGAUGACAGCAGUCUGGCGCUGGAGAAAGAAGUCAAUUUGGGGGCGAGGGAUGUUGAUAAUAAUACGCCUUUGAUGCUGGCAAGUGCCGCCGGUCACGUAGAAACAGCUGUUGUCUUGGCUAGGUGGUCAGCCGGCACUCGGUGUGAGGCGGGAGCCAGGCAGGCCGCUGCUGCUGCCCGGCGUUCAGGCCAUUCGAAGCUAGCUGCCCUGCUGGACAGGAUACACCCUCCGCCUAGGGAUGGAGUAUUUCUGAGGCCACAUAGUUUAUCCCAGAAAGGGCGAACGGGCAGUUUGGAGAGCAACCUCAUCAAAAGGCCCUCGAUAGAUAGCGGAAUCAAUAUGGCGGACGCGUUCAGAUCCAGCUCGGCUAUCGACAAAUCUGAGUCUAGCUCAGCUCGGUGGGAACGCAGCAUGUCCCUGCCUCUUGAUUCCGACACUUCCGAAGACAGUCUUGGAGACUCAAAGAUCGGGAGACGCAUGGACUUGGCUCUUUGGGAGCAGGAUGACAGAGUGUUCACGUUGGCCGAGCAAAUCAUCGCCGCGAUGCCAGAAAGGAUAAAAAACGAAAGCUCGUCGUUGCUGUCGGGCUGCGGGCUCGAGGGCGGCGGGGGCAACGGCGAGGACACGCUCAUGGUCCCGCUGCUCGAUGACGCCACCACCUUCAACACCGAGUUCAGCUUUGAGUUCUGCGAUAAUACUUACAGGUAUUGCGGUGGAUCGACUCCAUCAUCAGGAUCCGUAUCUCCCGGGUCCGCGUUGUCGCCUCCACCGCCGUCUCCCAGGCCCGCGAUCAACGCGGCCCCGUCUGCUACACUGCAGGAGUUCCUGAACGCUACCACGCAUUUCUCCAGUCUUACACUAAAUGACCGAGAACAGCGCGAGCUAUACUCGGCGGCCAUCACGAUACAGAAGGCGUACCGGCAGUACCGAGGCCGGCAGUUACAACGGCGCGCCGCCGCCGCCGCUAUCACUAUACAGAACUGCUACCGGCGGUACAAACAGUUCGCGUACUUGAAGCAGAUGCACGCGGCGGCCACGGUGAUCCAGCGCGGAUACCGCACAAUGCGCGCGCGCCGCCUCGCCUCCACACCCAUCAAGAGGACAUAUUCCCAGAGGCGUCAAAACCAAGCCGCGAGGAAGAUUCAGCAGUUCAUGAGACAAUCUAAAAUCAAGUUGCAGAGCGCACGAGCCGAAAGCGUGAGGGCGGCCCUGCGGUCGCCGGCUGCCCUCCCAAGCUCAUCGCCGCGCAUCACCAGUACACCACCCACGCCCAAUAGGGUCGUCGAUUAUCUAGCUCCGCAAUCACCAAUGAAUGCAGACGAAGACCUACUUCUAGAGUUGCUGUUCAGAAUGUGAGGAGCCUAGAUACGACGCCCACGGUGUGGAUACUAUUCAUUUGAAAGAGUACAUUUCAAGCACAGUUCAAGUGUCCGAUUUUGUUCCUUUCGCAACAUAUUUGAUUGUAAGUCGGUAUUUGAUUUGUUGUUCGAAUAUUUGCUUUAUAAGAACCUACAUAUACAAUUUGAAAAUGUUCACCUUCGUUACGAAAUUUUAGUUUAUCAAAACCUUUGACUGCCUCCGUUACACAAACGACCUUAUUUCAAGGACACACCUUUCCUUUUCUAAUAACGUAGUCAAUUGAGAACACUGUAUCUACUUACUGCUACUUGAACCUAAUUCAAGCUUAUUUUUAAGCGUAUAUUUUCAACUGUUCUCUAAAACAUUCCAAAGCAGGUUUCUUCUUAGAGUUGUGAGAUAACUCGGGCCUUGUCUACUUAAAUUUUAACCUGUCGUUUUGUAAUAGCCAUUUUAUUAAUGAUGAAUACAAAAGUUUUGACUUUCACAAACACGAAAUCUAUUCAAAUUCUUGUCUUUGUUUAGUUUUGUAGAUCUAUCUGUUUCCUUUAAAAUGACUUGUUCAGAGUUUGGAUUCGAUUUUUCUUUAUUUUAAACUCUUCAGGUCAUAGACAGGGUUAUAUUUAGUAUAAAUUUUAUCGUAUUUGUAUUAUAUUUUCAUAAUGUAUUUUUGAGACAUUUGUUUAGGACAUUUAUUGGAAUCAUAAUAUUUUUGAAAACUCUAAAUUGGAUGUAAAGUAAUUUAUCUAGAUCAUCAACGUAUUGGCUGAUUUUUCUUAUAAAAAUGAAAAAUGUCGAAUCAAUUCCACGUAAUCUAAAAUGGGUCAGUAAAGUUUGGCUAUUAAGUUUAGUUUAUUUGCUAAUGAUUUCAAUGGUUACAUUCCUAAACUAAAACGUUUAGGCGUUUCGUUAGUUAUUUUGCUUACGACAUUAGAGGAUCAAGUCAAAACUUGGAUUCUUGAUUCCAUUGAUGAUUUCGACGACGGAGUCUAAAAUUAUGUAGGUUAAGUACAAAUUCAAAUUAUUAAAAAGCCACUGUUCUUAUAAAGUAGAUGCACCUAGCGUAAAAUACAAUAAACCCGACGAGCUGUGAGUAUUUUGAGAUUUUAUCGUAUUUAAGGAAAUAAAAAGUAAUUAUGCAGUUAUUAUAGUUUGACUAUUGGUCAAAGUUAACAAUAUAGGUUUCAUUCCAGCCUAAAUAGGUUAAUUGUUUUCUAGUCUACGCAGCGACGCCUUAGAGUAUCAUCGAACAUGAUCUAUUUAAAUUCCAGUAGACUUAGAUCUAAAUUUGGAAGCUUAUCUCUGCCAUUAUUAUUUAACAUUUUGGUGUAUUCUGUUACAAAACUAUUACUGAUGAUCUUGCCGCUCUUGUUUUUUUGACAAAAGUCAACAUAGUUCGAGAUCGAUACUUGUGUUUCUUCAUCCCUAGUUCCUAUAACGAAACUAUUGAAAUCGUUAAUGAAUUUUCUUAUACCUACAAUUAGUUCAUUAGAUACUAAUUUUGGUUAUAGAUCCUCGAUAAAGCUAAAUGCCAUACUUAUCUAGCGUUCAUGAAAAAAAAGGUUGUGCACCACUUAAUAUAGAAAUAAACUACCUAAAUAUUCCCUUUUUCUGAAUUCUCUGAUAUUUUAACGUAGUAUAGAUAUAGUUUAAGGGAUUAGAGUAAUCAUAGCUUAACCAUAAGACGACAACAGCCGUCGAGAUAUUUUCGAUUCGUAUUUUUAUAAAGCAAAAGUUACGAACGACUAAGAUUGCUUUGCUUGUGCAGGGCCAAGGAUCAGGUGACUUCGGAAUUCUUUUGAUACCAGUUUAUUGAGUUCUCUGACUAAAUCAAAAUUUAGACAUUUCUUCAGUAAAUCUUUAUAACUAUUUUCAGAAUUAAAUUAUGAGUUAAAUAUUCCUCUAUUAGAUUUCUUUAUUUCAUUUUCGAGAGGCCCAGUGUUGAAAUUUGUAGGUAACACCCCCUUUACUCUCAACUAGUAUCAAACACCUUACGAAUCUUUGGACUUAUAUUCUUUGGAACUCGUUUGGAGUAAACGUGGUCAAAAUCAAGUAAAAAUGAAAAGACACGCGACGUAGAAUGAGAAAACCGUCCAGUUGUGGCGGCAAACCCUCCGGUGGCAAAAUGAUGUAAGUCGCACUACGAAAACAAGCGAAAACGAUGUUGACGGCAAUUGAAAUAGAGGCGCGAUUCGCUUGCAAGGUCAAUGGGCACCCGAGGGCGCGAAUACAACAUGUAUAUUUCAUAUUUUUGGAUCGCUAAUUUUAAGAUGUUAUAUUUAUAUAUGUAUAUGUAGUAAUGGCGAAUACAAAAACAGUAUUUCGAGAAUGUAUUGCGCCAAAAGUUUUGAUGUAUUAAUUUUCCAUAAAAGUUAUUAUCUCAUUGUUUUAUUUCAAAUGGAUAAAUAGUUCGUUUAGCUAGUGGUCAUGCGUAUAUAUUUUUGGAUAGCGUGCACGAUUGCUUACGAGCGCCGAUGAAACGUGGAGAAAAAAUACACAAAGAAAAUAUGUAAAAAAAAAUAUUUUUAACUGCAACGCAGAACCUCCGAAAGCAAUAAUAUUUUUGUGGUGAAAGUAACUCCGAUUUGUAAAGAGAGAGUAUUUUAUUAUCCACACGAUCGUCACAAACAGUUGUAGGAAGCUUUUAGUGCGGCCUUUGAGGUGCUCCUUUUAUGAAAACGAGGGCAAUUUUCAGGAUGAAUCAGCUGGAUUUUCGUCAGCGAUAUUUCACAGUUCAAACUUUGAGAUGCAAAAAAACUUAUUAUUCAUGUUCGAAAUUCAAUGGGAUUGAAGGAAACUUUUCAAUGCCUCUUAAGAUAUUUCCCUUUUGAAAUAUUUUAGUGAUUCAAGUCGACACCGUAAACAAAAAGGUGAAGUAUCAACUCCUGGAUUUCUGUAUUUCAAUUCUUGUUAGGCUGAAAUAGUUCGCACGAGUAGCGCCGAAUGCCUCGAGACAAGGGCUGUUUUACCCCCAUUUAAACGGGAUGGAGGUCAAAACAAUAAUUUGGGCCCUACGUUAAUGUUUUGUGAGUUUCACGAAAGGAAAGGAGCAAAGCAACGGCUGACCUUAGUUUUGACCACUGCUAAAGAAAUAGUGCACUAGAUGUAGAACUAGUUAGAUAAAUUACUACUUAUAUAUAUAAAAUAAUAAAAAAAUCUUGAAAUCUAUACAUAGAAUUUAAAAUUAAAAGUUUAACUAAUACUUUUUAUUAUUAUAUUAUAAGAAGCUUGUUCACACAUUUUAACUUCAUAUUUAGUAAGUAAUCCUUAAGACUUAAAUGAUAGUAAUGUUACUAAAGGUACUGGAUUGGACUUAGUGAGACUACGGUUGGUUAUUUGAGUUCGUGUGGGCCGUAGAUAAAUGCUAUAAUUAUUAUGAAUUAUUAUGCCAAAGGCAAACGUUUUUUUACAAUGUGAUAACGGCAAAGACCUUCAUUUGGAGCAUCUACUAGUUAUUUUUUUAGGAUAGAUUUUAGAUAUAGUCAAGUAUAUUGAUUUUCUACGGCGUUUUAAUAUUGAAUACAUAAGGCAUCUGCCCACUCAUAUCUUUAUUUAUUUUACACCAUUUAAUGGAAUACAUGGCAGUAUUAUUACCGAGAUAAGACGUUACAAAUAAUAAUUAGGUAUUAAUUUUGUUUAGUAUGAAGCAGCAAUAAAGCAUUUUCAAUUAAUGAAAAGCAUUUACAGACAGUUCCAAUAGAGAUUGUUGUACUUUAUUUAAAAUAUUGAUUGCAUUUUACCAAAAAUGUACCACCGAUUGCGUAGCCUGAAGUUCUUAAAGUUAAGUUUAUUCUUAUUAAAUAAGGAAAUUAUAACAUGUUGCAAAAAACUUACGCCUCCAAAACUCUUAGAAAAUACAUAUUCAAUAGCAUAUAGCAGCAAUUUUUAUUAUUAUCAUGAAGUGGACAGAAGUCUUUACGCUAUGCUUGCUUGGAUAAUAAUAUUCGAGGAAAUUGUUUUAACAGAAACGAGCCUGCCUAAAGCGUAUUGCAUAUCACUUAGGAAUACUUAUGAGAUUUUUGAAAAGCGUUCAAGUUUUUUUUGAUAAUGCUAGAUACUAGUCCAUUGUUUGUAUUUUAUAGAUGCUAUUCAAGUUUCAUAGGGCUGUAACCGAGUUUUUGUUGUAGCAUUAUUUAUAGUUAAUUUGCAAUUAUACUUAUUGUAAAACUUGUAAGAAUUCAUUUUAAUAAUGUUAAGUUACGUACUUAAAUAUUUAGUUAAUUGUAUACAUCGACCUUAUUUAAAAAGUAUAAGAUAUAGCGUUGCCAAAUAUUUUAGUUUCGAAUAGGCUAAUUAUUGUGUGUUAAUUUUUGUUUUGCAUGUUAACGUUACAGCCCGAACCUUUUUAGAUAUUAGCGGGUCUACUACGUAAAACGAUUUCGAUAAUCAACUCUUCUUUCUCUCUUAUACAUUUAAGAAAUUCUACGUGAGAGACAGAGACAUGUAGAGUCGAAAUGAAACCGAUUUACAGAGUACCCAUAGACUUGUUGCUUACAGUUUUUAUAUUCUAGUGAUAAUACUUAGCUAAUUUUAUAAAGUUAUUUUAGAACCAUUAUUUGUUUAUGCCAUCCUAAGCGUUGUAUGAUAAGUUCUUCAUUAUAGCAAAAUAAGUCAUUGUUAUGUACUGCCAAGUUUCAAGGUUUCUAAAACACCAACGGACGUAUUUAAGGCUUGUGAUGUCCAAUGAUUUAUUUGAUUUCUGUUGAUUGAUGUAUAAUGGUGUUGGAUGAUGGGAAGUGUACCUAGUCAAUGCUUGUUGGUGAGCUCGGAAUGUUCAUGGGAAUGUAAGAUUGAAACUGACUAUCAAAUAGGAAUUCCUGUUAUAACCUGUAUGUCACUUAAAAAGUUUUCAGUAACUACAGAAAAGCUGUCUCGUAAUGUUUAUGUAGUUUUUAAUAACCUAAAGCAAUAUAGAAGUAUACAAAGUUUAUUUAGGCGAUUUAUAUUCACCUAACGUGUAUAUAAUUUAGUGUUAAUAUUGAUUUUGUUUUAUUUCUUCCCACCCAACUUUUUAUUUGAGGUUAUUCAAUAUUCAUUAAUUGUACACAUCAAGAGAGUUAACUAAUUUUAUUUUCUAAUAGUACAACUUGAAAGAUAACAAGGUUUGGAAGCGAUCAAAUUAAAAUAAACAAAUAUAUUUUGUCAGUUUCAAUCAAACAAAUGAAUAGAAUGUGGUUUAAGUCGCCGAUUAUAUCCUGAAAGAGGCAAAUUAUUGAUUUGAUUGAAAACGAAUAAUUUUAAUAAACAUCGUGGAGAAAAGGCCAUACAAAAUGGUGGUAAACUUUUGGGAUUAAAAUCCCAUAAAUAAUUGUGAAUAACUUGCCUCUGUCAAAAUAUGUUGAGUGACUAAAAAACAAAGUCUUACUUUUAAAACGACUGCGUUUAUGUUAAAGUUGUUCCUAUGAUUCAUUUUGCACAGUUAGUAUAGAUUUUGGUGGUUAUUUUCUAGCAAUAAAUAAUAUUAUGUCUAUGUAUAUUGAUUUCUAUAUACUCUAUCGAGUUCAGGUUUGCAUUAGGCAAGUAAAGAUUUUUAUUUAAAUAUUUUUUACUAAUUUUAGCAAACUGUUUUAUACCUAUUUAUUUAACAAUUGAAUAUACACUACAUUCCAUUUUCAGUAUACACUACAUUCCAUUUUCAGUUAACUUUACCUUUACCUUAUUUUGACAUGGUUCCAUCAAUUCUAUACUAUCUGUGCUGUUAAAAUAUGCUAUAUAUUUUAGUGUUAUUUAUUUGUAACCAAAGUGGUCAAAUGUAUCGACAAAAACGUUAUUCCAUUGCUUUCAAUGCCAGAAAAACAUAAAAAGUAAAAAAAACAGGAAAGUAAUAAAAAAUAUAAAUAAAAAAACAUAAAAUGUUCACAAAACUUAUUUUAUUUAAAUUCAAACGCUUUUGUCCGACAUUCGAUCACUUGGUUUACAAAACACCCUGUAUUCAAUAUAUUGUGAUCAAGAAAGCAAUUGUAUGUUACCGAGUGUACCUUCGCACUGAACACAUUCCCUAUUUUAGUACAGUUGGACGCGAGAGGCCGGUCUGUCGGAUAAGUGUACUUUGAGAAAUAAUCUUCCUUUGUAAUUAUUAUAAUCUAUAAACACUACAAAUUGUGAUUCAAAGCAAUUUAAAAUAUUACUGCUGAUUAUAA